AUGGCUGCUGUUGAACAAGUUUCUAGCGUGUUUGACACCAUUUUGGUGCUGGACUUCGGGUCCCAGUACUCGCAUCUGAUCACGCGGCGGCUGCGUGAGUUUAAUGUGUACGCGGAGAUGCUUCCGUGUACGCAGAAGAUCAGCGAGCUGGGCUGGAAGCCAAAGGGUGUGAUUUUGUCAGGCGGGCCGUACUCCGUGUACGCGGCAGAUGCUCCGCACGUGGACCGGGCGGUGUUCGAGUUGGGCGUUCCAAUUCUGGGCAUCUGCUACGGGCUACAGGAGCUUGCGUGGAUAGCCGGCGCAGAGGUGGGGCGCGGCGAGAAGCGCGAGUACGGGCGCGCGACGCUGCACGUGGAGGACAGCGCGUGCCCGCUGUUCAACAACGUGGACAGCAGCACGGUGUGGAUGUCGCACGGUGACAAGCUGCACGCACUACCUGCGGAUUUCCACGUCACUGCGACGACGGAGAACUCUCCUUUCUGCGGGAUUGCACACGACUCGAAGCCAAUCUUCGGGAUCCAGUUCCACCCUGAGGUGACGCACUCCUCGCAGGGGAAGACGUUGCUGAAGAACUUUGCGGUGGAGAUCUGCCAGGCCGCGCAGACCUGGACGAUGGAAAACUUCAUUGACACCGAGAUCCAGCGGAUCCGGACCCUUGUGGGCCCCACCGCGGAAGUCAUCGGUGCUGUGUCCGGCGGUGUCGACUCGACCGUCGCUGCGAAGCUGAUGACCGAGGCCAUCGGCGACCGGUUCCACGCGAUCCUGGUCGACAACGGUGUUCUGCGCCUCAACGAAGCGGCCAAUGUGAAGAAAAUCCUCGGCGAGGGCUUGGGCAUCAACUUGACUGUUGUUGACGCCUCCGAAGAGUUCUUGACGAAGCUCAAGGGCGUCACGGACCCUGAGAAGAAGAGAAAGAUCAUCGGUAACACCUUCAUUCAUGUUUUUGAGCGCGAGGCAGCCAGGAUCCAGCCUAAGAACGGCGAGGAGAUUGAGUUCCUGUUGCAGGGUACCCUAUACCCUGACGUUAUCGAGUCCAUUUCCUUUAAGGGCCCAUCUCAGACGAUCAAGACCCACCAUAACGUCGGUGGUCUUUUGGACAACAUGAAACUGAAGCUCAUUGAGCCUUUGCGCGAGCUUUUCAAGGACGAGGUGAGACACCUGGGAGAACUAUUGGGGAUCUCCCACGAGUUGGUCUGGAGACAUCCGUUCCCAGGCCCAGGUAUCGCCAUCCGUGUGCUAGGCGAGGUCACCAAGGAGCAGGUGGAGAUUGCCAGAAAGGCAGACCACAUCUACAUCGAGGAGAUCAGGAAAGCAGGUCUAUACAACAAGAUUUCUCAAGCUUUUGCUUGCUUGCUGCCUGUUAAGUCUGUGGGUGUCAUGGGUGACCAGAGAACCUACGACCAGGUCAUUGCUCUAAGAGCAAUUGAGACCACGGACUUCAUGACUGCCGACUGGUAUCCAUUUGAGCACGAAUUCUUGAAGCAUGUCGCAUCCCGUAUUGUUAACGAGGUUGAAGGUGUUGCCAGAGUCACCUACGACAUAACUUCUAAGCCUCCAGCUACCGUUGAAUGGGAAUAA